CAUUCAGCUUAUACCUCACGCAGACAUCGCUUACUUACUAUAUAAACCCUCCUUAAACAUUCAUUCUUUCCAGUACGAAAAACCGUUUUCUCUCUGAAUUGAUCAAUCGAGGUGUAAUUUAAUUGAACAAUGGAACGAAUUCCGCAAAGACAAUUGUUUGGUGCUGCAAUUUCCUCUAAUUUCCCUCUUAGGUUUCAGGAUGUGAGUAAUAUCCGCGAAGUUCCUGAUCACCAGGAGGUGUAUGUGGACCCAGACCGUGACGAGAGCCUAAUAAUCGAGCUACUAGAGAUGAAAAAUGAGGUUGCAGACAAUGCAAGUGCUACUUGGUUUCUUCAAGACCUUGCUUCUGAACAAAGCGCCGAGGGCAACAUUGUGACUGAACAGUCUGCAGUAUUCGAAGCUCAACAAUUAUCAUACAGAAACAUGCCUUCUGUCAUCAAUACUGCGACCGCCCAAAUGGCUAUCUCCAAGGGACGCCAAGGAAGAGAAGCACAGAAUCUUGUGAAGGUAUACUUGGCCAAUUUAAGACUCAAAGGAGUUCAAACAGAUUUACUCAUUACUGCGUAUGAGCCCGUCUUCAUAAGUCCUUUAAGUGAAAGUGCUAACUCGGUUGGAGCUGGUGCAACUGUACCUGCUGCAGAGUCAGGACGGACACCCAUGGCUGAUGUUUUUAAACAAGCGGUUUCUACAUUUAUCAUCAACGACUGGAACCUGUUUGGUGCUUCUGCGGCCAUUUGAAAAAACACUUUUGGUGGUCAUUGAGUGUUUAUUUUCAUAUUAGGAGUCAAUAUCUUAGUUUUUUCCAUUUGGUUCCAUUGAGUUCCAUGGUUCAUGCUCUUUAUAGGUCUAGGUUAUUAUGAGCUUUGCCAGUAUGCCCUCCUAUGUUAUCAGAUAUUUGCUUCAACUGAACUAUCAUUAGAAUGAAAUGGUGCUAUUGGUAUUCCA